UCUAACCCAUUUAUAACUGGGGCGGGUCAGGGGUUUUAGUAAUUAUCAAACUCCUCCUCUCUCUCACUUCUCCAUUGAAGCGCACUUGACGUUCUCCAUUGAGGCGCCAUCUAAUAUCUGUAUCCUCCAUUGAAGCAGCUUCGUAGAGUAAAAUCAUCUCUGUUGCCCGAGAGAAACAAAAAUGAACAAGAAGAAGAUAUUCAAACUAGCAAAGGGGUUUAGAGGCAGAGCAAAGAAUUGCAUAAGAAUAGCUAGGGAGAGAGUGGAAAAGGCACUUCAGUACUCUUAUAGGGAUCGCCGCAACAAGAAGCGUGAUAUGCGCUCUCUUUGGAUUGAACGCAUCAAUGCUGGUGCCCGCCAACACGGCGUAAACUAUGGUAACUUCAUGUGUGGGCUGAUGAAGGAAAACAUACAGCUAAACAGAAAGGUCUUGUCAGAACUGGCCAUGCACGAGCCCUACAGCUUCAAGGCUCUGGUGGAUGUAUCACGCAAUGCCAAUCCAAAAAACAAAAUAGUAGAACCUAAGAAGGUUGGCCUUGCUUCUGUUCUGUGAUGGACGGUUAGGUUUGUUGGCUGGAGCAUCAUCAUUGCUGCAACAAAAUUUCGUCUAUCCUGGAACUAAGACAAAAUAUACAAGCUGCAAACUUUUUUCUUUACUCGUCUUUUAAAGAUGUAUUGUGGCCUGUGGGCAGAGAAUUUAGAAUCCUAGUGCUUAGGUUGGCUUGAUUAUCCCAGGUCUAUUUCUCUGGGUAGUUUAUUUUAGGUAUUAUUCAGUGUGUAAGAAGACAAACUAUCUUAAUUAUAAUAAUUGGUCUGUUGUGGUAAAUUGGCAA